AUGGUUUCUGCUAGUGGAGCCUUAUUUUUAAAGGGUAUGUUACUUGGGAGCAUUUCCUGGGUUUUGAUAACUCUGUUUGGUCAAAUUCACAUACGACACGGAGAUCAAACUAGAGACCACGAGCACCAUCACCUGCGCCCACCUAACGGAAAAGAUUUCUUAAACAUUUCAGAAAUGCCGUUCAUGGAGCUCGGUAAAAGUAUCCGUGUUUUCUGUAUCAUCCUGGGAGAAACCCAGGAUGAGAUGUACUGGCCUAUACUGAAAGAGACUUGGCCCAAACACUGUGACAAAGCAGAGCUCUAUGCUACUAAAAAUGAUAAUUUAUUCAAUAUACGAAUAGAAAGAAAUGACAAGUGGAUACAGAUGAGGAAAACUUACAAACAUGUCUUUGAAAAGUACGGCAACAACUAUAACUGGUUCUUUCUUGCACUUCCCACUACGUUUGCUGUCAUUGAAAAUUUAAAGUACCUUUUGUUUACAAGGGACGCAUCACAACCCUUUUAUCUGGGCCACACUACUGUAUCUGGAGACCUCGAAUAUGUGACUGUGGAAGGAGGAAUUGUCUUAAGUAUAGAGUCCAUGACAAGGCUUCACAGACUUCUCAACAACUCUGAAAACUGUGCAGAUCAAAGUGUGAUUUGGAAGUUACCUGAAGAUAAGCAGCUGGCAAUCUGCCUGAAACAGGCAGGAGUUCUUGCAGAAAAUGCAGAGGAUAACCAAGGAAAAGAUGUGUUUAAUACAAAACCAGUGGUAUAUCUUAUUCAAAAAUAUAUGUCUAAUAACCCUCAACAAGUAGUAGAAGGCUGCUGUUCGGAUAUGGCUAUUACCUUUAAUGGACUGACUCUCCAAAAGAUGGAAGUAAUGAUGUAUGGUGUGUACCGGCUCAGGGCAUUUGGACAUCAUUACAAUGACACACUGGUUUUCUUGCCUCCAAAUGGCUCAGAAAAUGACUGAGAACUGGGAAAGACAGAACUGUGCUGUUUAAGAACGCUUGAAAUGUAACUCUUCCAUAUUAAAAUGUGGUGUAAGUGUAAAGUACACAUUUCAUUCAGUAAUAUAUAUAUUAGAAAAAGCACAAACAUGUAAAACAUCUCAAUAAUUUUUUAUAUUGACUCCACAUUGAAAUGAUGAUGUUUUAGAUAUUUUGC